AUGGAAGAAGUAAAGAGAGAUCAGAAAAGCUACUUAAAUUUUUCAAAAUUGCUACCCUCUCAAUGGGGUGAUCACUUUCUCAAUAUCUCCAUUGCCGAUUCAGAUUUUGAUGUGCUUGCAAGAGAGAUGGAAGUACUAAAGCCUAAAUUAAGAAAAAACAUAUUCACGUUUUCUUCCAGAGACAAAGACGCAAUGAAGAGGAGCAUUCUUUCGAUUCAUGUUCUGGACAGUCUUGGCCUCGCUUAUAUUUUUGAGAAGGAGAUCGUGGAGACCCUAAAACAUGCUUUCGAGAAGAUAGAUGAACUGAUCACAGAUGAAAAUGAUCUGUACACAGUCUCCAUCAUGUUUAGGGUUUUUAGAAUAUAUGGUCAUAAUAUGUUGUCUGAUGUUUUCGAUAGAUUCAAAAGAAACGACGGUAAAUUUAAAGAAAGUUUAAUGGAAGAUGUCCAGGGCAUGCUAAGCUUCUACGAAGCAGCGCACUUCAGGACAACGACAGAUCAUAUCCUGGAUGAAGCGUUGAGCUUUACAUUGGACUAUUUGGAGUCACUAGCUACAGAUAGCAAAGCGAUCCCACCACAUAUUUUAAAGCAUAUACAAAAUGCUCUUUACAUACCGCAGCAUCAGAACGUCCAAGUUCUGGUUGCAAGAGAGUAUCUUUCGUUCUAUGAACAAGAAGAGGACAACGAUGAGACACUACUCAAGCUAGCCAAGCUCAAUUUCAAGUUCUUGCAACUUCACUACAUUCAAGAAUUAAAAAUUAUCACCACGUGGUGGAGGGAACAAGACCAUACGAAGAACCUCCCACACGGCUUCAGAGAACGAACAUUCGAGUGUUGGUUUGUAGGAUCGAUGAUGUAUUUUGAGCCACAAUUUUCACUUGGGAGAAUUAUGUCGGCCAAGUUUUUCUUAUUGUUCACCUUUUUAGACGAUGCUUGCGAUACUUAUGGUUCAAUUCCUGAAGUUGAAAGCGUGGUUAACUGUUUUGAAAGAUGGGAUCCCGAGUACAUGGAAAAUCUUCAUGGUCACAUGAAGACUGCCUUCAAAUUUGUGAUGUCUGUUUACAAGGAGUUUGAAGAAAUAUUGAAGUCACAAGGAAGAUCAUUUGCGUUGGAGAAGAUGAUAGAAGAGUUCAAGAUAGUCGCGAGAACAAAUCUUGACCUUAUCAAAUGGGCAAGAGCAGGUCAAAUCCCUAACUUUGAUGAGUAUGUAGAGGCUGGUUCGUAUGCAACCAUAGCAUGUUCUAUUAUGGGACUUGGAGAGAUUGGUAAAAAAGAAGAUUUUGAGUGGCUACUAUCUAGACCAAAGUCUGUCCGAUAUCUAGCACGGAAGACACGUCUCUUGGAUGAUAUUACGGAUUUUGAGGAGGAUAUGAAUAAAGGGUACACUGCAAAUGCGCUUAACUAUUACAUGAAACAACAUGGAGUCACGAAAAAAGAGGCAAGUAGGGAAUUUCGUAAGAUGAUUGGAGAUAUCAACAAGAUUGUAAACGAAGAGUGCUUAAAGACAACCAACAUUUCACGUCCCGUUCUUAUGCAAGUCGUCAAUUAUGGACGCAUGGUGAAUAUUCUCUAUACGUCGGAUGAUGUCUACAAUCACCGUGAAGGAAAACUAAAGGAUUAUCUCACUGCUUUGCUUGUCGAUCCGAUACAUCUUUAGUUAAGAGUUUGAUAGUACAUCCAUUUGGUUUUCUACUUUGUGAUUGUGAUGUUUGUGGUUGAUUUUGACGUCAUGUCUUUGAUAAAAUGUUGCCUAUUCUGAGGAAAUAGAGCUAAACCGUAUGCAAUAAAAUUAGUUGCAAAUGACUGAACACAAGGAUUUAGCCUUUUAAGCUUAUAAUUAGAAUUUCAUGUUGCAUUUUGGAAUAACCAUAGUUUGUAUAGAGAAGGUAUUCAACUUGAGUAUUAUUGAUCUUAAGC